UGACGUUUCGAACUGACGUGGUGUUGUUGAGCUGUCGGAAAAAAAACACCUUUCUUUUUACAACACGGACUGGGUGUUUAACCAAUAAUUUUAUUGUUACUUUAAAAUCGACACAAAUUUACAAAAUGCUAGACGUACUAUUCGAUGAUGUAAAGCGCAUGAACAAGAGACAGUUUAUCUACCAAGUCCUCAGCUUUGGUAUGAUAGUGUCGUCGGCUCUGAUGAUAUGGAAGGGCCUGAUGGUGGUCACGGGCAGCGAGAGUCCUAUAGUGGUGGUGCUCUCUGGCAGUAUGGAACCUGCGUUUCACAGAGGAGAUUUGUUGUUCUUGACCAACUACCCCGAUGAGCCUGUGCGCGUUGGUGAGAUCGUGGUGUUCAAAGUGGAGGGACGCGACAUACCAAUUGUUCACAGAGUAUUGAAGCUGCAUGAAAAGAACAAUGGGACAGUGAAAUUUUUAACCAAAGGAGAUAACAAUAGUGUAGAUGACAGAGGUUUAUAUGCACAAGGACAACUCUGGCUCACCAAAAAGGAUGUGGUGGGACGAACUCGAGGGUUCCUGCCUUAUGUAGGAAUGGUCACAAUUUAUAUGAAUGAAUAUCCUAAAUUUAAGUUUGCUGUGCUGGGAUGUUUAGCUAUCUAUGUACUAGUUCAUAGAGAAUAGAAAAUGAUCUGAUGAUAAAUGCGGAGAUAAUGAAGUCCUAGAUGUCUGUGUUUUAACAAUGUUGCAAAUGUAAUGAAUUCUAGGUUUAUUCAUUGAUGAUAGCAAAAACCACACAAAACUAUUUACAAUGCAAUCAAAAUAGACUUUUUUUAAUUGGGGUAUUUUAAGGACUGGUUAAAGCUGUAUCAAAAUCUGUACAGUUUAUUCUGACUGUUGAGUUUAUUCCAAAGAAACUUGUGGCAGGAAAUAUUAUCUUAAUAAAGAUUAGUAUAAAUAAGAGAAGUGUCAAUGAUAUGUAACAAUAAUA